AUGAAUUCUUCUCACGUUACUAUCGCCCCGCACGAGAAACCAGCUACGACCGAUGGAAAGGCUACAAUCGUCGACAGGCGUCCCUCGCUAACAGGCGAGACCGCUACCGUCCUUGUUGAAGAUGCCGUCUUUGGUGAGGUCACUGAAGAAGGACCCAACUUUCGUAGUUUGAGUUGGAUCGGUACCAUUGCUCUCAUGACCAAGACCCAGAUAGGACUCGGUGUGCUUAGUAUUCCCGCCAGUUUCGACACACUCGGUCUCGUCCCAGGCAUCCUUUGUCUUUGCGCAGUUGGCGUCAUUACUACAUGGUCUAGUUACAUGAUUGGUGCCUUCAAGCGCAGACAUCCCGAUACCUAUACUGUCGAUGAUGUAGCCUUCAAAAUAUUUGGCAAAAUCGGUCGCGAGAUCACAGCUGUUAUGUUUUUGCUGAACUGGGUCUUUGUCGCUGGAUCCGCCAUGUUGAGCAUGUCGAUCGGCUUCAACGCUAUCUCUGAUCACGCUGCCUGUACUGCAAUCUUCGUCGCGCUUUCCGCUUUCCUCGCCUUCUCUCUCGCAAGCAUCCGAACGCUUAGCAAGAUGGGAUGGGUUGCCUGGAUUGGCCUUACCUGUAUCAUGACUGCUAUCCUGAUCGUCACUGUUGCUGUUACACAACAAGAACGUCCCCGUAUGGCUCCUAUACCACUCAGGGUUUGGAAAUCAGACUGGAAGAAGUUCGGCAACCCUACUUGGCCCCAAGCUUUCAGCGCGAUUAGCUGUCAUGUCUUUGCUUAUGCCGGUACUCCCGCCUUCUUCUCCAUAGCGGCCGAGAUGCGCGAACCGGAGUUAUAUUCUCGUGCGGUACUUUGGUCCCAGGCAUUUAUAACUCUAGUAUACUCAACCAUUGGUGCCGUUGUUUACUACUACUGCGGCUCUUAUGUUUCGUCCCCCGCCCUAGGGUCUGCAGGCCCCUUCUUCAUGAAGAUCUGCUAUGGCUUUGCCCUUCCUGGACUACUCGUCACUGCCAUGAUUGUCACUCAUAUUCCCGCAAAAUACUUGUUCCUCCGUAUCCUCCGGGGUUCUGACCAUCUCUCUCGCAACAGCCUUGUUCAUUGGGGCACCUGGCUUGUUUGUACAGGCGGUACGGCCUUGAUCUCCUACAUUAUCGCCAGCGCUAUCCCUAUUUUUGGCUCUCUCGUAGCGCUUAUUGGCGCGACGUUUGGGACAAUUCUCUGCUUCCAACCAUAUGGAAUCAUGUGGCUGUACGACAACUGGGGCAGCAAGAAGCGCGGUGUGGCAUGGGCACUCAUGGUCGUCUGGAGUAUCUUCGUUAUUGCCAUUGGUACUGUCAUCAUGGUCCUCGGCACAUACGGGACUAUUCUGCAAAUUGUGGGCGCCAGCGAGAGACGAACAGGCACUCCCUGGUCUUGCGCGGACAACUCCAAAGAAGUUGCUCCAGAUCUCCCAGAGCACUAA